GACGCGGGACACACGCAUCGCAUUUUACUGAUAGUUCUUUGUUUUUGAAUUAAUUCAGUGUAUGUACUUUCUUCUUCUGAUAAUAUUUAUAAUACUUGUUUAAUGUUACGCGAGUGAUUUGUUUUGGACUGAUUGCAUUCGGGUUGACUUUGACGAACUUGAUUGUGUGCGUUCGCUGCGUAGCUGCUAAGUUUCGGGCGAAGACUGCACUCUAGGAGUACAGCGGCCAGCAGCCGGCAGCCACCAGCCACCAGCCACCAAUCAGAACUCAUGGCCAGUAACCAGCGGCCAGCAAUCAUGUCGAUCGCACAAUGCGAGGACGCUGUUAAGAAAUUCAUUGUGGAGAUGUCGAGCUUUAUCGACUCCUACCGUAUUUGGUGCAAAACAAAAGUACACCAUUCGUAUGGACGAGCGCUGGAUAACUUCGCCCCGAUGGUGACGGGGACCUCGAUGGAUCUGAGCAGCGCAGUUGAAGAGUUCGCGAUGGUGCGCGACCGCGUGUCUAGCAACCUCAACAUCUUCCAAGCUAUCUGCAACACCGACGUGGAGCGCCAAAACUGGGACAGGCAGUUUGCCGGCUGGAGCGACAAGGACGCGCUGUUACACCUGAGAUCGAUGCAGCGCCGUUUGAGGCAGUUUCCCGUGCUCGCUAACACCAGGGAUUACAAGAGGAACCUGAGAGCAGCAAUUAUAUUAUGCCUUUGGUUCAAGGAAAUACGCAAUCAUUCUUUGCUUACCUCAUGGAAAUUUUGGGAAAACCCGUACGCGCUGGAUUGCUUCAAGGCAUAUCUUUACCAAUUUAUCUCUGAAUUCCUGCAAUUCACGCGCCUCGUGUCGAGCAACCUGCGCCACCACGCCCAAAUUUCAUGCAACGAGACCUUCCCAAUGUUAUUUGAGAUGGCGGAAGAUUUCGAGAAACGCAACAGCCGGGCGACCCUGCGCGUGCGCAGCGCCCUCGCUUCCGCCGUCUACCGCCGCGCUUACCAUAUCAACGCCACCGUUAGAAAUCUCCCAAGAACUGCUUACUGGGAAAUCUUAUGGGCCAACACGUCCAUGUUCUCGUUUUCGGAAGUGGCCUCUGAUGAUUCUUUCAUAGAAUCGAAGGGUCUCAUAUACCCCCACAAGUUGCAUAUGUUGCCGACGAGCGAACUGAAGGUCUCUCAGCAAGACCUGGUCUCCCUGUGGAACUUGGCGGCCAGCAUUCUGGAUAACCCAGUCUGGUAUACGCAUCUCAUCAAUGUAAGUAUUUUCAUUAGCCUGCCCCAUAUGAGCGUCGUUAAAACCCCUCGGAGUUCCUUUGUUAAGAAUAAUUACCACACUAAAUUCUUUAAUUUGAUUUGUCCCGUUUUAAUUGAAAAAUCCAAGGGUCUAGCAAAGCCUAGCGUGAACCCACCCAACCUGCAGAGCACCAGUAGCACGCAAAUCAAGGAGACCAGCAACGACUCCUCGGGAGGGGCAUGGAGGUUCGGUCUGUAA